UCAUCAACACAGGCUGAACAUCGCUGCCUAAGAUACAUGCCAGAGAUAGUGUUGGCAGAAAAUAUACUGAAAGUAGGUCGGUUUGAAUUGUCGAGGUCACCAAGGGUCAAGCUCUUCUCUGAUAGAUACAAGCCGGUAGACUUGAAAGUUACAAUGAAGGCCUAUGUUGAUCAGUUUAUGGCGGUAUUUCUUGGCACGUACAAGGAAGAAGAAAAUACACAGUUCAUUGCACAUGUACAGGAUUAUUUUAAAAAAAGGAACUGGAAUGUGGUACUGGAAUUGACGAAGAAGCCCUUGAUAGCUGCCCUUAACAAACCCCAGUGCAAGCUGCGUUCUGAUUGGCUGAAAAUCCAAGAGAGGUUUGACCAAUUGGCGAUCUUGAUCCAAAAGGUCGACAACGCCCCCGCCUUCUCAUUUGUGCAGGGAACUUUGGUGGAGGCCAUCUUGAAAGGCGAGUGGGUGUUGUUAGAUGAGAUAAACCUGGCGACACACGAGACAUUGGAGUGCCUGGGUGGGCUGCUAGACAGCAAGUCUGGAUCAGUUGUCCUCACCGACCGCGGGGACAUAGAACCGAUAGUACGGCAUGCGGAUUUUCGUAUCUUUGCCUGCAUGAAUCCUGCUGUUGAUGUGGGUAAGAAGGAACUUUCUGUUGGCAUCCGGAACAGGUGGUUCACGGAAUUCUACGUGGAUGAACUCACCAGUCCUCGCGAUCUCACCAUCCUGGUGAAUGAAUACCUACAGGGCUCCGUCAGUCUAUCCGUAAUGGAAGGGAUAGUGAAGUUUUACGGGGAGAUAAGGAGGAGGGCGAGAGUGCAGCUGACUGAUGGUGUCGGCAAUAAGCCAUAUUUUAGCAUGAGAACCCUGUGCCGGGCUCUCAGGUUGGCGGGAAAAAUUGACUUUGGCGGGAAAAUGAAAUCUAUCUAUGAGGUGAUUGGUCCAUUUUUUUUAAGGAACGAACGAAUGGAAGAAUGA